CCGGAAGGGUAUUCUCCCAGCAAGCAGGGCAGAGCGGAAGCGCUCGGGUCGCGGAGGGCACCGGGGCUGCUUGGCAGGUCUCCAUGGCUACCGAGCCCGUGCCCGCGGAGCCAGCGGUGCCUUCGCUAGUGGAUCGUUACUUCACGCGCUGGUACAAAGCUGAUCUCAAAGGAAAACCUUGUGAGGACCACUGUAUACUACAACACUCUAACCGAAUAUGUGUCAUCACAUUAGCAGAAUCUCAUCCAGUGCUUAAAAGUGGAAAAACAAUUAAAAGUAUUUCCUAUCAGAUCAGCACCAACUGUAGCAGACUUCAGAACAAGGUUUCUGGGAAAUUUAAGCGGGGGGCACAGUUUCUAACAGAACUUGCACCUUUGUGUAAGAUUUACUGUUCAGAUGGGGAAGAAUAUACCAUAUCUAGCUGUGUUAGAGGACGGUUGAUGGAAGUAAAUGAAAACAUUCUCCAUAAGCCAUCUAUUCUUCAAGAAAAGCCAUCCACUGAAGGCUACAUUGCAGUUGUUUUACCCAAAUUUGAGGAAAGUAAAAGCAUAACAGAAGGCUUAUUGACACAAAAACAGUAUGAAGAACUCAUGGAGAAACGCAGUAAUGGCACAGCAAGUACUUCAUGAAGAUUGAGGUUCUUACCUUACCUGACUUAAGCCAUCAGUGAGUGUACUGAAGGAGAAGAACCAGGACGUGUAAAGCAUGCUUCACACCCAGCCAUCAGCAGGGGAGGACUCCUCCUUCAUUCAACCCAGUUUCCCCCUUUGUCUUAUAUAAGAAGUCUACAUUUGGGCUGGGGAUUUAGCUCGGUGGUUCCACCACCUGCUGCACAAGCGCAAGGACCUGAAUUCAAUCUCUGGUACCAAAAAAGAACUCUACAUUUGUCUUCAACUCCCAGACCUACCCUGCCCAGGUAUUCCCUCUGUUCUUUUCUUCCAACAGUCGACAAAUAAGGGCUGUUUUUCUGAUUGAAAACAAACACACCUUAGCCAGGCGCAGUGGUGCAUACCUGUAAUCCCAGCUGCUUUGGAGGUUGAAGUAGGAGAAUCACAAGUUGGAGGCCAGCGUGGGCAACUUAGCUAGACUCUGUCUUAAAAUAAAAAGGGCUGGAGGUUUACCACAGCACACACUGGGUUCAAACUCUAGUACUGCAGGGGGAAAGAAAACUAAGUGGCCUUUCUUACCCAAUCUGCUUCAGCAUGACACUGUUGAAAAGUCCAGUGUCAUUUCCACCUCAGCUUCUUUCCCUGUAGGUUGUAGGUAAGAGGCAGGUAUGUAGUGUGUACCCUCUUUCCUGCUUACAUCAAUAGGACAGCCUUCCCCUCUAAGAGUAAAACUGUUCACACUGACUUGUUAAUGAGAAAUACAUGAAAAGGCUUUGAAAAGAACCCAAAAGGCUUUCUUAGCUAAUGCAGGGUUAAGCCGGUUCCUGCAGAUACAUUGUAGUCACUCAGUCUCAUACAUUCUAGUUACAGUUAACUUCUAGCAAAGAAGUUACUGGAGAAUAUGUCACUCCAAGGCACAGAUGCCUUGGAACAGAACAAAGAUGGUCACAUAAUUUAAACUAGAAAAAUACAAUUCGUGACAAGAUUAUACACUUAAAUACACUGAAUUUCAACUAAAAGGACUUUAAAUCUUAUUUUUUUUCUUAAAGGGAACAACACAUACAUAGAUUUAAACAUUCUUGUUUUUACAUAAAAGUUUCAUGUAGAAGAAAUUACUUAGUGUAUAAAUUCCUUGGGUCCCUUAUCGUUUUGUGCUGUUGAAAUCAUCCCUCACCUGCAUGUGCACUUUUGCAAGUGUGUAACUUUUGCAAGUAAAAUGUAAAAAUUAUUUUUCGUUCACAAGAGAAACUUCUUAUAGUCCAAAUGUUAGGAUGACUGUUCCCUAAAUAUUACCCACCAUACGUGAUACAUAUCAAACUCUAAACACAAUGAUGGUGCUGACCUGAAAAUGUAAGUACAAACCAGUAGAUCACUUCAAGUAGCACAAUGAUUCUCGAAGACUUCGUACAAAACAAUAGUAAAUAUAGUAAAAGAACUAUGUAUCGGGCCAGGGAUUUAGCUCAGUGGUUCCACCACCUGCCUCACAAGCGUUAAGGACCCGAGUUUAAUCCCUUUUACCAAAAAAAAAAAAAAAAAGAAUUAUGUAUCUAUUUUACAUAUGACAUUACCUCACAUCAUUUUCUCAAUAUUUUUAUUCUAUAAUUUUUUUUUUUGGUACCGGGUAUCAAACUUGGGUCCUUCUGCUUGCGAGGCAGGCAGCAGAACCACUGAGCUAAAUCCCCAGCCCUUAUUCUAUAAUUUUUUUUUUUUUUUUUGUACUAGGGAUCAAACUCAGGACCUUGCACUUGCGAGGCAUGUGGCGGAACCACUGAGCUAAAUCCCCAGCCCUUAUUCUAUAAUUUAAAAGAGUAUUUUGAUGUCUCAGAAAUCAUGCUUGAUGAUUUGACAGUUCAAAGAAGUAUUUUAUAAAGGUCAUUAACAAA